AUGGCAACCAUGAUAAGUUCGGCUAUGCUUUUCCUUCAGAGAGACAUUAGGACUAAAACAGAUCUUGUUCUCCCUGACUUGGUCGGAAGAGUCAAUGAGAAGAUCAGGAAAAAAACGUAUGUUUUCCAAGCUCGCAUUUUUCACGAAGGUGAUAAGGUGGCUAUUCGAGACUAUCGUUCACCCAACGCAAGGUGGAAAUUUGGAACAGUUAUGAGCGCUCUUCACUACACAGUUAAUGUGCAAGGUACAUUUUUCAGCAGUGAAACCCCACACACUGGCACUGCUGAUAAUUCUCCCGAAUCCGCUGAUCCUGGAGGAGAUACCCAAAAACACUCUAGAUCCGACAAAUCAACAACGGAAACUCGCCAACCAUCUCCAACUAAGAACCCGAGUUCAGCUGUUUUGCCGAGAAGUACUCCAUCUUCAACUUCUCAACAAGCUCCAUUUCAGCCGAGGCGAUCACAAAGGAUUAGACGGCCCCCUAAGAGACUUGACCUUUAA